AUGGCCAAGAGAACCGCUCCCACAUCCAGCACCACAGGUCCAGCGUUUCCACCGCUCGGACUCGUGGUCGGUCCAGGUGCGCCGGCAGCUAAUUCGCUCCAUCACGCCUCACAUUCCUACUCCAACCCUCACAAUGCCGCCAGCUCCCCUGCCACAGAGCCCACCCACACCGCCAAUGGCCUGCCGCCAGCGCCCAACAAGUUCGAUGUCAGCCAAGCGCAGCAAUGUCGUUUGCAAGAUGCCUACUGGUCCGACGAAGAGGAGGAUAUGGACUGUCCGUUGUGCUUGGAAGAGAUCGAUCUCUCGGACGCCAACUUCAAGCCGUGUCCCUGUGGUUAUCAGAUCUGCCGCUUCUGCUGGCAUCACAUCAAGCAGAACCUCAAUGGCCGAUGUCCCGCAUGUCGUAGAAAGUACUCGGAUCAGACCGUCGAGUUCAAGCCCAUGACCGCUGAAGAGAUCAAGCGGCUCACCCAGGCAAAGAAACAGAAGGAGAGGGAAAAGAAGGAGCUCGAGUCCAUGAACCGCAAGCAUCUCGCCAACAUGCGUGUGGUGCAAAAGAACCUUGUCUACGUCGUCGGCCUCAGCUCCAAGCUUGCCAAGGAGGAGCUCAUCCCUACCCUUCGCAGCAACGAAUACUUUGGCCAGUACGGUCGCAUCUCCAAAAUUCUCAUCAGCAAGCGCAACACCGCCUCCAAGCUCGUCAUGGGCACUUCAGAGACCGCUCUCGGCGUGUACGUCACCUAUCAUCGCAAAGAGGACGCAGCAAAGGCUAUCGUUGCUAUCGAUGGCAGCAAAGGCAGCGACGGCCGAAUCGUGCGAGCAAGCUACGGAACCACAAAGUACUGCACCACCUACCUUCGCAACCUGCCAUGCACCAAUCCUGGCUGCACCUACCUGCAUGAACCUGGCGAGGAGGCCGACAGCUUCACCAAAGAGGACCUUUCCACACUGCGACACGCCGCCAAAGACGCCGAGCACAAGAUCAAGCCAGCCUCCUUGGGCAUCACACAGCCGCCAAAACGCUCCGACUUCCUCAGCGCUGCCGAUGCCGAAUCCUCGGCGCUGCCUAAGACCGCAUCAUGGGCAUCCGGCAAGCCCGUGUCGGCCGCGGGCUCGCCGGCUCCUAUCGCCGUCGGCAGUCCGUUCCGCGACUCUGACAUGCCACCGCUCUCGGCUAGUUCGGCCUCGGCUCUAGCGAGGAAAGUGAGCUCGCAAAAGCCGUCGACACCCAAAGCGCAGAAGCAGCUCUCCUCCAACUCCAAGUCAAAGCUGGUCCUUGCUACGGGACGACCAGAUUCGCCGGCCUUGCUUGCAACCGACUCUCCCGGCCAGUCGCAGCCCUCUUCACCUGUUCCAAGCAGAGCAGUCGCGACGCCAUCGACAGCCACCGACUUCGGCUCGAUUGCACCGGCGGCCUCAGCCACCCCUCGAAAAGAUUCAGCGACAGCCAAAGCCUCGACCACCGACUCGGCUCUCCCUCCGCCGCCCGGACUCGUCAAGCCCUCUUCGCCUCCUGGCUUGGCCAGAUCUGCAUCCACAACCGACUCUCGACCAGCCACGCCACACACUGACAGCGACCAUCCCAGAUCCAACUACCAGCCAUCAUCGAGCGCUCAGGCGGUCCUGGACGACAUGCUGCAGAGGCGGGAAGCGCAGCCCGAGAUCGUCAAGCCCAGCCCCUUCCCGGACUUUGACGAUGCGCUGUCCAGCUUCAAGGACGGCGACUUUUCGUUCAACUUGCCCGCCAACCAGCAGCUCGCCAACAACGACGGACCCUCGGAGCUCACCAGCGCCUUCACCACCUUCAGUCCCUUUGGUCCACCUCCUGGCGUUCUGGCUGCCCAUGCCAGCCUCGUCACGGCUGGCACGCCACCACCUGGCAUCGUAAGGGCGCCGAAUCGCAGUUCGACCGCCUCUCCAGCCCCGCUCACCUACUCUGGCUCCUUCGACCCCUUUGCGCCUGGCGCCGGAGAGACGAUCAAGGAAGACGGCAGCUCGUUUGCAGCAGACAAUGCGUACCCGACAUCUUUCACCAUCGCGGAUCAGACGAGGACGAUCUUGGGUCAGAAUCAUCUUGCAGGCGGUGACAUGGGAGGUUUGACUCACGAUGAUUCGCUCGAAACCGGUCAUGACGCCUCGAAGCGAGCCUCGCGCUUCGACUUUGCCAAACGGAAAGAGUCGGAUUCGUUCAUCAGCGCCUCUCCUCUGCGCACCGAAUUGAUGCAGGGUAUGCGCGAGAGCGACAGCUUCGGAGCCGGAAAGGACGUCACCAGCAUGUUGGGCAGCGUGUUUGAUCAGGACAAUCUCUCGAACAGGCUCAACGGACUCGGAGACGGUGGAGCCUCGGCCGCGGCGUUUGGAUUGCACAGCCGCGAGACUGGCGGCUUCCCCGGCAUGGGUCUCUCCCGACCGCCUCCUGGUAUCGGCGGUCCUGGGUUCGGAAGCAGGUUUGGCACCAACACGCCACCUCCUGGCAUCUCUGCGCCCGCCAGUCGCCAGCAGCAAGCUCUGCUGGCGUCGCUGCACCAGAUGGGCGGCAGCAACCUCGGCUCUGCGUCGGCUUCGCACCAACAACAGCAGCAACAGCAACAGACGUCUCAGCUUUCAAAUGGAAGCGGCGGUGGCGGCUUCCUCGCCGAUCUUCAGCAGCAGGCGGCUCAACGAGCACAGCAGCAGGCCCAGUUUGCAUCCGGAAGAGAACUCUCGGAAGCCGGUCGACCCAACGGCAACGGCAACUCUAACCCAUCCGAUCCUCUUCUGGCGCAUUUGCUUGCAGGACGUCGCGCCAAUUACGGAGGCCAAUCUGGCGGCUCCGACAUGCCCUUUGGUGACCCAGCGAUCAUGUCGAUGAACCGCGCUCAGCUUCAGGCUGCGCAACAGCAGCAGCAGCAGUUCGGCGGCAACCGCUACGGCGCCAGCAUGGGCGGGUUUGGCGGCGUCUCGUCGUUCUCGCCGUUUGAUCAAAUGAGCAACGCCAAUGCAGGCUUUGGAUCGGCGUCGCAGUAUGGUGAUCAUCAGCAGCGCUUUGCGCAACAGCAGCAGCAGCAGCAAGGCCAGUCACAGGCGUCUCCUUAUCCAAACAUGUCAUGA